CCGCAGGACACGAGAGGAGGAGGAGGAGUCAGGUAGCGGUGGUGUCUGUGCUCAGUGCAGUGGGGAGUUAUGUCUUCCCUGCGAGGCCUCAUUUUAGGGGGAAAACAGGCCCGCAUUCACCCUCUGCUCGUCAAAGUACUACCCAAUCACUUCACGAGGCGGAACUGCAGCCAGCGAGUCAAGAAGUCAGGCAAAUCUCCGGACUUUGGGCUCCUGUUUGACAUUGAUGGCGUCAUUAUCCGAGGCCAGCGCAUCCUGCCGUCCGCCCCAGAGGCCUUCACGCUGCUGGUGGAUGAUGAUGGCAGGUUCCGAGUCCCCACCGUCUUUGUCACCAAUGCGGGAAAUGCACUGCGGAGUCAGAAGGCCGAGCAGCUGUCCAAGUGGCUAGGGUUACAGGUUCACGAGGACCAGGUGGUGAUGGCACACUCCCCGCUGAAGAUGUUUGACCAGUACUUCAACAAGGAGGUGCUUAUCUCUGGCCAGGGCCCCACUACAGAGAUAGCCCACAAUCUUGGCUUCCUCAACACAACCACCGUGGACGAUCUCUGCCUCGCCUUCCCCCUGCUGGACUGUGUGGACCAUAAAAAACGUUCUGCAAAGCCUCCCGCCACCCCAGCACCCAAAAUCCCAAAGAUAGACGCUGUAAUGUUAUUCGGGGAGCCAGUGAGGUGGGAGACGUCACUGCAGCUCCUCCUUGAUGUGCUCAUGACUGACGGGGACCUGAUGGGCGCCCCGACUGCUCCCUACCCUCAUCUCCCCAUCCUGGCCUGUAACAUGGACCUGCAGUGGAUGGCGGAAGCUCACAUGCCGAGGUUUGGCCACGGUGCGUUUCUGCUGUGUCUGGAGGCGCUGUACAAGAAGGUGACGGGGAAGGACCUGAUCUACACAGCGCUGGUGGGGAAGCCGUCGGAGAUCACCUACUACCACGCCGAGACAAUGGUGCAGCACCACGCACGCUCCAUCGGCAUCACUCACCCCAUCACCAAACUCUAUGCCAUCGGGGAUAACGUUCACACCGACAUCUUUGGCAUGAAUCUUUACCGCGAGUACGUGCGUCGCCACCGCCACAGCAAGAGUCAGGUGGCCAUGCAGGGUGCGCGGGGCCUUGACCUCUCCACGCAGGACUUCCGAGGCCUCACAGCAGACCAGUGUUACUCUGUGCUAGUCAGGACUGGAGUGUACAAUGAAGAAAACGGAGAGCAGCUGCUGGAGCACUCACCGCGGGACUUCCUACCCAUUGAGGCCAAGCUACAAGAGCCCUCGCUCACUGUGAAGUGUGUGCUGGAGGCCAUUCACACCAUAUACCAGAGAGAGAAGUUUUCAUGAAGUCCCCGUUAUUGUCUCCAUCAAAGAAAAUGUACCCCCUGUCUCCUGCCCCACUCUCUCUCUCUCUUCUUUCUCUCUCUCCCCUCUCCAUGAAAGAUAUUGUGCCAUAGUAAUGUGAGUGAGGGUUCAGUGAGGUUGGCCUGUGUGGUUCGCCCUUGUGGUUUCCUGUGGUGUUUAUGUUAGGGGUCUCUAUUGUUGUUCUUGUUCUUUCUCUCUCUCUUUUUUAUUUUUUAUUUUUUUGUGGUGUCAUGUGAUGUUUAUAUUAAGAUCUAUUUCUGUUCUUGUUCUUUCUCUCUCUGUCUCUCUUUUUUUUUUUUUUUUUCUUGUGUUUAUAUUAGGGUUUAUUUUUGUUCUCUCUCUCUCUCUCUCUCUCUCUCUCUUUUGUGGUUUUCUGUGUUGUUUAUAUUACGGUCUCAAUCUUUUUUUGUUGUUCUUUCUCAUUUUCUUUCUUUUUUGUAGCGUCCUGUUUCCUGUUUCUAUUUUGCUCCUUCCUAAUUUAUUUUUCUCGUUUUGUUUUUGUCUGGCUUUCUAUCUGUUCAUUUUUCAUUUAGUUUUCAUCUCAUUCUCUGGUCUUCUCCUUUUUUCUUUUCUUUUCAUCAUCAUUAUUCAUUACUUUGUCUUUGGUGUCCCUCAUCAUUGUUUAUUUUUUCACUCAUGAUUUAUUUUUCUUCAUUAUACAUAUUUUUUUUUAGUUAGGCCAUUAUAAUUCCUUCUGUAUUCCUUUCACACCAUCUGUUAUCGUAUUCCGUUCCAUAAUUCUCUAUAUUUUAUCUUGAAUUAGUAGGAAGCAUGGUUCUAAUUACCUCAGUAGCGUCUUGCAAAGUGCCAAGGUUUUCUCUUUUCAAAUUUCUCCUUUUUUUUCCUUCUUUGUAUUUUAUCUUUUUGCUGAAUUGUCACAUAAUUUAUUCCAUUUAUUUCAGUACACUUGCAAAAUCAAUCCUUUAAUUCUUUCUUCUCAAAUUUCUCCCCUUUUAUUGUAUUCUUUUUGUAUUUCUUUACAUUUCACCACUACCUCAAAUUGAGUUAGUUUAUUUAUUUAUUUAUUUUUUUUUUCAUCCUAGUAAACUCUUGCAAAUUAAUCUUUUCUUUUUUCUCUUUGUUAUUUCUUCCCAUUUCCUUCCAAACUCGCAGGAAUGUGAUGUAAGAUUGGUACUGUAUGUUAACUUUUCUAUUGCAAAGUGACAUAAGAUUAGCACUUUCAAACCCAUCUUUUCUCUCACUUCUCGUCUCCUCCAGAUCUUGCAGGAAUGUCUAAGAUUGAUAUGAUAACCCCAAAUUUUCUGUCUUCAUUUCUCUCUGAACUACAAUUGUAAGAAUGUUAUGUAAGAUUGAAAUGGUAACCUGAUUUUUCUAACCUUUCUUCACUUCCUCCUUAUGUAAGAUUGUAAGAUUGGUAUGAUAAUUUCUCUCUCUCUCUCUCCAAACUUUCAAGAGUGUAAUGUAAGACUGAACGAGUAGCAUGACUUUCCUAUCUCUUCAUUUCAUCUAAAACUUCAACGUGUGUCAUGUGAAACUGAUAUUAUAACUUCAAUUUAUCUCCUUCAAUCUCCAAACUUGCAAGGAUUUUAUGUAAGAUGGAAAUAAUAACUCUCUCUCUCUCUCUCUCUCUCUCUCUCUCUCUCCAAACUUUGCAGGAAUGUUGUGCAAGACUAGCAUUCAAACUUCACCUUUCUGCCUCUUUUCAUCUCAUCUUAGCAUAUAGAAUUGUGAUACAAGACUGGCAAUCUACUUUAUAAGUCAUCAGGGCAUUGAGUGGCAAGCUAUUCCUCCUCCUCCUCCUCCUCCUCCUCCUCCUCCUCCUCUCCUGACCACUAAACAAGAAGCAAGGGACAAACAUUUACAAUCUUCAACAAAGUCAAAGUGUGAUACAAGACUUGACACAUUAACACUUCCACUGCAAUAUAUUUUUUUUCUUUUUUCCUUUUUUUUUUUUUUUUUUAUCUAGAAGAAUUUUCAGGUCAUGAGGAAACAAAACAAUGGUGGAAAAGAAAGUUAUAUUGAAGAUGCUAGUUCUAAAAGUCAUCCAAGAGAAUAAAAAAAAAAAAAAAAAAAAUUAUGAGGUGUCUUAAAAUAUCCCUCUUGAGAAUUAUCCAAGAGAGAACACCCAAAAAAUAAGGGUAGGAUCUUGAAAUCUGCCUCUUGAGAAUUUUCCAAGAGAGAAUAUGAAAAAUUAUGAGUGACGUCUUGAAAUCUGCCUCUUGAAAAAUUAUCCGAGAGAGAACACCAGAAAUUAUAAGUGAUGUCUUGAAAUAUACCUCUUAAAAAAUGCUGAAUUCAUAAGCACUAGGAUAAACUCAUGCAAAACCAGGCAGAGUUCAAGAAUUAACCAAUAAAUCCUCAACUUUAGUAAAUUAAUCUUUCUUUACGAACUGGCAUUUUAGUGACCAUUUAUUUACCUUGUUUUUUUUUUUUUUUUCCCUGGACACCUCUUACAUAAAAAAGGGAAAAUAUUUAAGAUCACAUGCAAGGAAAAACAAAUUAAAGACAAGAUUUUCCAGAUUAGUAUAGAAUCAAGAAGGUCAAAGUGUCUACAGAACCAGAAGAGACAGCUGUUUAGGCCCUGCAAGUGUCUAUAGAACCAGGAAGAUGCCAAUGUUAGGUCUCAAGAUGCCUGUAGAACCAGAAAGAUACCAAUAGAACAGAGAGAUACCAAUGUAGAGUCUAGAGAUGCCUGUAGAACUAUAAAGACAGCUGUAUAGGGAACCAAAAUGACUAUAGAAUGAGUCUACAGGAUCUGAAGAUGCCUAUAAAACCAGAGAGAUGCCAAUGUAGGGUCUAGAGGUGUCUGUAGAACCAUUAAAGACAGUUGUAUAGGGUCCAAGAUGACUAUAGAACCAGAAAAGACAGUUAGUAUUUAUAUCUAGAGGUGCCUUUAGAACAAAAAAUGGCAAUGUCAGGUUUCAAGAUGUGUAUAGGACCACAAAAGAGUUGUAUAGGGUCUAGAGGUACCUGUAGAACUAAAAAGAUGCCAGUAUAGACUCUAGAGAUGCCUGUAGAAUAAAAAAGACCCAUAAAACAGCUUGUGACGAAGGAAUAAAGUGGCAUAAGCAGUGGAAGAGUUAAUAAUCAAGACAGACAGACCUAACCUAACCUAACCUGACCUAACUUGACUCCAAAAAACAGCCUGUGAUGAAGGACCUAAGUGGCAUAAGCAAUGAGAGUGUUAAUAAUCAAGGUAUAGACAGACCUAACCUAACCCAAACCUUACCUAUCCUAACGUAAUGUAACCUAACCUACUUCUUCCCCUUCUCUGCAUCAAAUGAGUCGGUCACAAUUGUCUACACAAUCUCAACGAAGGACAAGUGUACGAGUCAAUCACUAGUGCCAGAUGUGAUGGUGUGUCCACGUAACUCAAGUCAGGUGUGAAGUGAAUUUGUCUUUUUCCACUGUGUUGUCUUGUGUUAUGCUUUGCUCUCUCACCAUGACAGUUUUCCAAGGCUACAGAGAUGACUAGCCAGGUUUUCAAGAGAGUUUCACCUUAUAAUUAACUGGAAAUCCUGCUAAUCCAUCACCACAAUGAUAAAAAUACCUUUAUAAACAUGAAUAUCUUUAACUAGAGCCUUUGGGAAGCAGUGAUGUUGAGAGAGCAAAGAGCAAAGAGUUUCAGAAUAUGUUACUGGCCUCCCUGUUGUGUUGAGAAGAGUCUGGGUUUGUGUGGCUUGGCUGGGGAUCAACUGAGGGAGAGAAUGUUUUGAGUUGUGUGUUUUAGUUAGAAAGAUGAUGCAAUGUGAAACGAGAGGUAAAAUGUAUAUUGUGAAUGUUUUAGAGGUAGAAAUGUGAUGUGAUGUGCAAGGGAGAUGAAAAUAGAUGAGUUAUGAGAGCUUUAUAGAUAGUGAAGCUUAUGUGAUGUGAAACUGAGAGGCUAGAUGUAUGUUAUGAGUGUUUUAAAAGAUAGAAGUGUGAUGUGACAUGAAAUUGAGAGGAAAAUAGAUAUGUUAUGAGUGUUUUAAGAUUACUAUUUUUUAGAUUUAAGAAUGAGUAAGAAAUAUGCAAGAGUUCACUACAUUGGACACAUAUGGUGAGGUGAUGUGAAGCUGAAAUGAAUGAUGUAUGUUCUGAGUGUUUUAAAGAUGGAAAUGUUACGUGAUGUGAUACUGAGAGGAAAGUAGAGGAGUUGUGAGUGUUUUAAGAUGAAUAUUUUUCAGCUAGAGAGGUGAUGUGAUGUGAAACUGGAAUGAAAAUUGUAUGUUGUGAGUGUUUUAAAGAUAGAAAUGAUAUGUGAUGUGCAAUUGAGAGGAAAAAUGUAUGAGUUAUGAAUAAUUUAAGAUAGAGAAGCAAUGUGAUGUAAGUUUGAAAGGGGAAAUUGAUGUGUGAUGUGAAAUUGAGAGGGAAAAUGUGAGUUCAGAGCAUUUUUAAGAUGGAGAAGCAAUGUGAUGUAAGGUUGAGGGGGAAAAAAUGUACAGGUCUUUUUUAUUUAUAAGAUUGUGUGCUGAUAGAAAGAUACAAGACUGAGUGGGUGAAUAUAAGAGCUUUUGAUGUUCUUUAAGAUGUAAGAACAGGUAAGAAACAUACAAGUGUUCAUCACAUUGGAUGCUAAACUCAGAAAAUGUGAAAAAAGUACAGAGGAUUAGAGUGAGUGGUAGGGAAACACAAGGUGAUGUAAGGUAUGUACUAUAUUCCUUGACCUUUUGGUUAUAAAAAAGAAUAUAAUAUAGCACACACUUUGCAUCAUACUGUGUUUCCCUACCACCCACUCUACACACUUGUCGAGAUAAAUAAAUGAUUACUCAGAGAAAAGACAGAACGUAGAAUUCAGAUACAAAAACAAUGGAGAUAUGGGAGACAACACGUGGCUGACUGAAAUAACGUUCCUUGCACUGACGCACUCACACACUUCACACCAACACAUUGAUGCACUCACACACUUGACACACCAACACACUGACGCACUCACACACUUGACACCCCAUCACACCAACACAUUGAUACACUUACGUACACACUUGACACACCAACACACUGACGCACUCACACACUUGACACACCAUCACACCAACACACUGAUGCACUCACAUGCUGAACACACCAACACACUGAUACACUCACACACUGACCUAGUACUGCUCUCAUCCUUCAGUGACUUAAUCCUGUGCAGCUGCUGAUGUAAGAUACCUUCCCUCACACACUGCCCUUCCCUCCCCGUUAGCUGACAGAUCUGUAAGGAAGCUUCAGUCAGUGAUAGACCUGAUAGAACACAGCCAUUUGUAAGAAAACAUGAAAAUAUCACACUUGUAGCUAUAGACACAUUAAUCUGCCAUACCUAGCAGUGUAGUGUGGGUCUGUAGUGCUGUGCUGUGCUGUGCUGUGAGGUGUACAGGCACGACCCACUGCUACGUGUACGCUCCCCCGCAAGAUAACAGACAUGCAUAGUUUGUAUACCACAUAUCACCCCCAGAACGAAGAAAAUAAAAGACUUAUUAUCGCAA